AACAAUCUACUAUCCAUACAACCAUCUACCUAAUACCACCGCACCUUAAUCCUCAAUCUUAAUCAACACCACCCAAAACAAUCACCAUGAAGUUCUCCGCUGCCGUCUCUGCUGCCGUUCUUGGCUUCGCCAGCAUGGCCUCUGCCAUCACUGUCAAGUACGACACUGGUUACGAUGAUGCCAGCCGCUCCAUGAACGACGUCUCCUGCUCUGACGGACCCAACGGUCUUGUCGGCCGCUACCCUACCCAGGGCAAACUUCCUCUCUUCCCUAACGUCGGUGCCUACUCUGGCAUUUCUGGCUGGGGCAGCGCCCAGUGCGGCACCUGCUGGAACCUCUCCUACAACGGCAAUACCAUCAAGGUCAUGGCUAUUGACCAUGCCGGCGAUGGCUUCGUCCUUUCCCUGGCUGCCAUGAACACCCUCACCGGCAAUCAGGCUACCUUUUGGGGCAGCAUCGACGCUCAGUUCAGCGCCACUACUUGCUAGAUGCUGGCUUUUACGACACGAUCCAAAACAACAACACAAAAACGAGACGGCGAACUGGGUACGAUGAAGGAUAUGCGAUAAUGUUUAGAAGAAUUUUGGGCAUUUACUAGAUUAUGCAUAGCGCGUGCUUGAUUGGCCUGUGGUGGGGCUUGUAUAUACACACUCCUUGGUACAUAUGUACAUAUAAUACUAUCCUUAAUUAGUUUACAUACCAACGGAAUCGUCGAUAUGAUUGGC